UGCAACCGCACAGGAACGCAACGCAACCCACCACAAGGCACCAUGCGCCUCCAGCUGCUCCUGGCCGUCGCUCUCACCGUCGUCUGCUGUGCAUUCGCCGCUAAGCUGCGGGAGGCGUGCAGCGCGGACAGCGACUGCGGCGGCAUCGAGCGCGCCAGCUGCGUCGAGAACCGCUGCUCCUGCGCCGCCGGCUACGUGCCCGACUACGACGGCGCACGGUGUCUGCAUGGAAGCGAGGUGUACGGAGCGCCAUGCCGAGCCACGGCGGAGUGCCAGGGAGUGCUGGGCAGCAAGGCCAUCUGCCAGAGGAAGCUGCUCGGCAACGACACGACGGAACGCUGCCUCUGCAUGCUCAGCAACCACUACAACCCCCAGAACUACACCUGCCAGAAGAGCCUGCGUCUGAACGACAAGUGCACGGGAGACGUGGAGGGCUCGUGCUACUUGGCCGUUGACGGUGACCACCAGCACGUGCGCUGCGUCAGCAACGGCACCUGCGCCUGCGAGGACAGCUACGCGCCCGACUACACCAUCAUGAGCUGCAGAAUCUACAAGGCUUGUACUGCGGACGCGGACUGCACCGAGUUCGUGAACGCACAGUGCGGCAACAGUGGCAGUUGUUCCUGCAAAGCUGGGUACCACGCCAUCACUGACACUGAGCAGCGCAAGAUCUACUGUGCCAAAGGGCUGCGGGAAGAGUGCUCGGCGCCAGCGGACUGCGUGAACAACGCCGAGUGCCGCGACGGCCGCUGCUCCUGCCUGCCAGACUACCUGCCCAGCGUCAACGGCGCCCGCUGCCACCACAAGGCUGCGGCGUACAACGCCAGCUGCGAGCAGAGCUGGGAGUGUUCCGAGGCGAUGGGCAGCCUGGGGCGCUGCAACUCCACGAACGGGCGCUGCGUCUGCGACCCGACAGCACACUACUACAACUACACCUGCUACCGCACGCUGCCGUUCGGCAGGGCAUGCGCGGGUGACGAGUUGGGCCACUGCUACAUGGAGGGGGACGGCGACUCACAGCACACGGCCUGCGCUGCCAAUGGUACCUGCGCAUGCGCAGACGGCUACUUUCCCAGCGCCGACCUCAAACAUUGCAGUGGUGUGGAUCGGCCGUGGCUGGCUGUGGGCAGCGCGCUGCUCUUCCUGCUGACGCGCUGGAUGGCGUAGCCGUGACGUCACGCACGGCCGCCUGGUCGCGGAACGCAGCAGUCGGCGAUGCAACAUAGUUCUACCUGUACAUUACAUGUUCACCUAGUUUAAGUAUCUUCUCUUCCAUACGUUUAAUUCAUAUAUGUGACUGUUGUACUUUAAUUAAAUAGUUUCCUUUUGUAAUUUCUA